GAGAUAAUAAACUCUAUAUUAAUUCACACAAGAUGAUAGAGUUGUUGGUAUUGUGACAGGUGAGAAUCCAUUUCCGUUUCCUUAGUGGCAGUUUUACUACUGCUGUCAUAUUUGUAAAGUAGUUCGGUACAUUUGAGGUUGUUAAGUACUAAAAUAACGGUCGAAAUGGAAGAACGUAAAAAAAGGUGGCGGAACCACGUUGCUUCAUUGUCAUCUCUCACAAACACAAACACAAACACUCUUCUUACUUCUUCAUCACCAAACAAACACCCUCACAACUCAAGUCCAUGACUGUACAACCAUGCAAAUCCCAUUUUAUAAACCUUCUCAAUUAUCAUCACUCAUAUUAUUCAUCCUCUUCUUUUUCUCUCAUCGUGCUAAUGCUUUUGGCACCAUGGGACCAAUCUCCGCUUCAUUCGGAGAAUACGAACUGUUCUGUUCUAUCGACGCCAGUGGAAAACAAGACGUUAUUUGUUGGGGCAAAAAUAUAACUUCUCCGCCGCCACUUCCGUCUUCUUCUUACGUUACCAAUAUUCCUGCCAUGGCGGCACUUUCCGGUGGCGAAGGUUUUCUCUGUGGCAUUCUAGCAAAUACUUCGCAGGCGUUUUGUUGGGCUGCUACUUCAAAACAAAACGCAGAUCCUGUUUUGGUUCCUUCGGUUUACCGGAGUACUGCUUACUCCCAUAUCGCCGCCGGUAAGAAUCAUGUCUGCGCCGUUAGAGGUUCUUAUUACGCCGAUCGUGAUUCCGGUACCGUUGAUUGCUGGCAAAUCACCAAAAAAAACGGAACUUUAAUGGCGGUGCUCAGUGAAUCGUUUGAAGACCAGUCAGUUACUAAUCUUGAAAUGAACCGUGUUGUUUCCGGCGAAGGGUUCACCUGCGGUGGAGUCAGAGACGGUGGACUUGUUUGUUGGGGACCCAAUUCAACAAACUUGAAAGUUUCCAACGUUUCGGAUAGUUUCGCGGUUUUAGCUGCGGGGAGAACCGCCGUAUGCGGUGUUUCGAAUAUCUCCGGCGAUGUGAGAUGUUGGGGUGAUAUAGAAUCUCCGUCGACGGAGAUUCGUUUGGUUUCGCUCUCCGGCGGGGCGCGCCAUUUCUGCGGCGUUCGAGAGGAUAACCAUGUUAUUGAAUGUUGGGGUAAUUUGAAUUCAUCUUUGGUUCCAAAAGGUAAUGGCUUUAUGGCAAUUGCUUCUUCUGAUUACACAACUUGUGGUAUAAGGGAAGUUGAUCUUCUUCUAGAUUGUUGGUUGGUCAACGCUUCAAAGCCUGAUUUUGACCCUCCUUUGGAGCUUUCAAGUCCUGGUCUUUGCAGGUCAAGUUCUUGUGAAGUUAAUGAAUUUGAUUUCAAUGUUAGUGUUCUUAAUGAACCAGAUUUGACAAGCUUGUGUGUUAGACAGGAUUUGAGGAUUUGUUCACCUUGUGGUUAUAAUUGUUCACAAGGUUUCUUUUUGUCUAGUCCUUGUACUCAAAAUUCUGAUAGAGUUUGCACAGCUUGUUCACUUUGUCAGAAUAGUUCUUGUGUGAGUGUUUGUAGACUUCAUUCUUCAACUGGGUUUUUGCAUUGGCAUCAUAUUCCUAGAUGGGUUUUCAUAAUUGGAUCUUCUGUUUUUUGUUUCUUGUUGAUUUUGAUUUGCGGCUGUAUUUUUCGAUGUUUGGUUUCUACAAGAGGACAACAACAUGGGACAAAGAAACAAUCCAAGUCUUGUAUUGGUAAAAUGGAACAAGAGGAUGAUGAUGUUGGUGUUGUGAAUGGUAAUGGUCUUCUUCAUACUUCACCUUCUGUUGCUUCUUGUCCUGGUUUGCCUCAGGUUUUCAGGCUUUCGGAGUUGAAAGACGCUACAAAUGGUUUCAAGGAGUUUAAUGAGCUUGGAAGGGGAAGUUAUGGAUUUGUUUACAAAGCUGCUUUGGCUGAUGGGAGAGUUGUUGCUGUUAAGAGAGCGAACGCAGCAACAAUAAUACACACUAACAAUCGCGACUUCGAAAUGGAGUUGGAAGUUUUGUGCAAAAUCCGUCACUGCAAUAUUGUAAACUUGUUAGGUUAUUGUGCUGAGAUGGGAGAAAGGUUGCUUGUUUAUGAGUAUAUGUCUCAUGGAACACUUUAUGAUCACAUUCAUGGUGGUCUUUCUCCUCUUAAUUGGAGUCUUAGGCUUAAAAUAGCUAUGCAAUCUGCAAAGGGUCUUGAGUACCUUCACAAAGAACUAUUGCCUCCAAUUGUUCAUAAGGAUCUCAAGAGUUCCAACAUUCUUUUGGAUUCGGAAUGGGGUGCUAGAGUUUCAGACUUUGGACUUCUUACUUCAAGCGAUAAAGAUCUUAACGGCGACUUGGAAAGCGAUGUUUACAGCUUUGGGAUUGUGUUGUUGGAGAUUCUAAGUGGAAGGAAGGCUUAUGAUAGAGAUUUUGAUCCACCUAAUAUUGUUGAGUGGGCAGUGCCUUUGAUCAAACAAGGUAAGGCAGCUGCUGUAAUUGAUCGCAAUGUUGCGCUUCCGAGAAACGUCGAACCAUUGCUUAAGCUUGGUGAUAUAGCAGAGCUUGCCGUGAGAGAGAAACCAAGCGAGCGUCCGCCUAUGUCGGAUAUAGCCUCUUGGUUGGAGCAAAUUGUGAAGGAUGGAUUGAUCUUAUAGCAUUGGUCAUUGUUUGUUUUGAUCAUGUGAGUAAAGCUCCUAUUCGGUUGUAAAUUGUUUUUUUGAGUUUGUUGUAGAUUGCUUAUCCUUUUGUAUUUCUUUGGUUUCAUUUUUAUUAAUCUUCACAAAGUGAAGAACAUGGCAUGUUGCACUAUACAAAAUUGUUUAUUUGUACAUUCUGAUCUAAACUUUUUUCUGCUCAUAUUAAGCCUGAAAACCAACUCAAGGAUACAGAUGAAGUAACUUUCAUGUGUAACAGUGACAGAAUAAUAGUCACAACAUGAAUUUCUUUGGUCAAGGUAUUGGUUAUUAUUCAAUAAAUCUGCAACCUUGUUCUUGCUUAAAA